UCGGCUAAGGCCUGACUCUUCAUCACCAGGCAAGAUGUCAGGGCUGCCCAACAACCUGUCGUGUCAGCACUCCAUCGAUGACUUCCGAAACCGCGUCUACUCGACGCUCUACUCCAUGAUCAGCAUCGUGGGCUUCAUGGGCAACGGUGUGGUGCUCUAUGUCCUCAUCAAAACCUACCAGCAGAGGACAGCCUUCCAGGUCUACUUGAUGAACCUGGCUGUGUCUGACUUCCUCUGCGUGUGCACCCUGCCUCUGCGCGUCAUCUACUACGUCCACAGGGGCAACUGGUUCUUUGGCGACUUCCUCUGCAGGAUCAGCUCCUACGCCCUCUACGUCAACCUGUACUGCAGCAUCUUCUUCAUGACUGCCAUGAGCUUCUUCCGUUGCAUAGCCAUCGUUUUCCCAGUCCAGAACAUCCACUUGGUCACGGAGAAGAAGGCGAAAUUUGUCUGUGUUGGCAUCUGGGUGUUUGUCACCCUGACGAGCGCUCCCUUCCUGCGGAACGGCACCUACCAGCGCGCCAACAAGACCAAGUGCUUCGAACCCCCCGAAGACUCCCAGAAGACAAACAUGGUGGUGAUCUUGGACCUCAUUGCCCUCUUCCUGGGUUUCAUUGUUCCCUUCAUUGUCAUAACCAUCUGCUACACCAUGAUCAUAAGGACCUUACUGAAGAACUCCUUGAGGAAGAACCAGAGCAGUCGCAAGAAGGCUGUCUGGAUGAUCGUCAUCGUGACUCUCACCUUCCUGGUGAGCUUCACUCCCUACCACGUCCUGCGUACCGUCCACCUCCACGUGCUGCGGCUCAACACCAGCUGCAAGGACGCCAUAAAGCUCCAGAAAUCCGUCGUGGUGACCCUCCCCUUAGCAGCUGCCAACUGCUGCUUCGACCCUCUCCUCUAUUUCUUCUCAGGAGGCAACUUUCGGAAGAAACUUAGCACCCUUAGGAAAGGUUCUUCCUCCAGCUUAACGCAAGCCUUCAGGAAAAAGUUCUCCGUCAAAGAGAAGGAUGAGGAACCCUUUGGAGAAAGCCACAGGGCGAAUGGAAAGAAAGCUGUGGCCCCUUUAUCAGGGGAUUAGGCCUUCCCCGAGGAUCUCAGAUGGCCAGUGGAGAUCCUGGUACCCUUCCAGAAGACACAAUGGAGGCUCGUAAGCUUUUGUCACAAUUAGCUGCAUAAUAAUGAUGGUCCAUGGUUUAUGCUGCCAGAGUCCUCCUCAGGAGCACUGCUUGGACAUGGACAGCCACUUUAAGAUGGAGGAGCCACCACCAGCCAGCACCAGAAAGCUGUUGAUGUGAUGAUGAACUCACGAGCUCUUCAAAGCCUUUAUUUGUGCAUUUUCUUCAUUCCACCGCUCUGCAAAGAUUGUUCAUUCCCCCAGCCAGUGGGAAAUGUAAACGGCAUUGGCCAGAUGCAGAAUCUGGGGAGUUCCUGACAAACAGAGAGGGCAGAGGCUUCACCAAGCCUUCAAACAGUUGCUGUGUGUACACAGCAGAGGCUGGGAUGAUUCCUGCCCUCCUCACAGCUGUCUCUGCUUUGGAUUUUGGUUUUCAAGAUAAUUAUGUGUGCUAGACUUGCAGGGUUGGUGGCCAGGUCUGCAAAUCCAAGAACUCAGACUUGAGCCCCUCUCUCACCCUCAAUGAGCAGGUCUUCAGAUUCACUCUCAUGAGCAACAGAUCUGCCAUAAGUGUCUGAAUUUCUGGGAAAAGUCUUGUCUGUGAGAGCUGUUUUAGAAUGGCAGUAACCUGGUGUGCACCCGAAACCUUUUGCAGUGGGACUAGUCCUGUAAAUGAUGGCUACAGGAUCUGGAUUAUCACUCCAGUUCUUCAGGAGGUCCUGCCUAAAAGCAGAGCUCUGAGUGCUUGGGGCACAGUGCAAGCUCAGCCCUGCCUUUCUGAGCUGUUGACCAAGUCUUUUGAAAGAAAUAAGAAAAUAAGUAAGAAACAUAACAGAUAAGUCAUUGAAAAUAAUGAUAAAUGAUAUCUGCUCCUGUUUGAGAGUGUUCAAUGUGCUCACACCUUGCAGUGUGAGGCAACCCAAGGCCCUUGGAGGAAUCUCUAGGAAGAUCUGGAGACUGAGAGUCUGAGUCUGGAUAUGACAUGAGGGAUUCUUGAGCACAGUAUGGUGAAAAAGAGCUUCGGUUUAUGUCUUUAAUCAGGACCUGGGCAGAAGGAGGCAUUCCUGUGCUUUUCCAGUGAACCCAUGGAGAGGCAGCACUGUCUGCCUUCUGCUGAAGCAAAGCCCAGCCCCAGAUGCAUGCUACAGCAAGACAGAAACAGCAAAUCUUGUAGGAUUAAGGCUUUUAGCCAGAAAAGUUGUUGAUAAAUGAACAGCAAGUGUGUUUUGAUGUGGCAUUUACUCAAUUUCUUCAUGUUAUCUUCAAUAAAGAAAGCAGUGUUAAUACUGUGGAAGAAGAGUGAGCAAAAGGAGCUUCCUGUGGAGUCAGCUCUGCUUGAGCAAUGGUCUGUACAGAUACACAGAGGGGAAGUUCACUCUUUAUGCCACAGUCUGUAUAUUUCUGGGCUGGAAAAAAGAUGCUUUAAAAGGCAAAUUCUGCUGCAGAACAAUUGCUGGAUGUAAGUCUACUUCUGGGGUAUUCUGUCCACUUCUGGGCUCUGCAACUCAAGAGAGACAAGGAGUGGAGAGAGUCCAGCUGAGGCUUUUUACAGCUUCAUGAAAGGAGGUUGUAGUCAGGCAGAUGUUGGUCUCUUUCCCUAGUAACAAGUAAUAGGACAAAGGGAAAUGGCCUCAAGUUGCCCAGGGGAGGUUUGGGUUGGAUAUUGGAAGAAACUUCCUCACUGAAAGGGUUCUUAAGCACUGGAACAGGCUGCCCAGGGAGGUGGUUGAAUCCCCAUCCCUGGAGGUGUUUAAAAGAUGCAGAGAUGUACUGGGUUAGCUCCAGACUUGUAGAGUUAGGGAAUGGCUGGACUCAGUGAUCUUAAAAGUGCUUCAACCAAAGCAAUUCGAUGAUGCUGAGGGGCCUGGAGCAUCUCUCUGAUGAGGAAAGGCUGAGAGCCCUGGGGCUGUGCAGCCUGGAGAAGAGCAGACUGAGAGGGGGUCUGAUCAAUGCUUAUCAGUUGCUAAAGGGCAAGGGUCAGGAACAUGGACCCAGGUUCUAUUCAGUGGUGCCCAGUGACAGGACAAGGUGCAACGUGCACAAACUGGAACCCAGGAGGUUCUUUUCUGUGAGGGUGCUGAAGCCCAGCAAGAUCUGAAACACCUACAGGAAAUGCCAGGGAUCUGUGGAGUGGAAGAGGGCUGGAAGCUCCUCAUGUAGAGGAGCAUUACAGUUCCCUCUACACCCACAGGAUCCUCUAGCUCAAAGAGACACCACCAGGCUGCUUUGGAUAGGUGAGAGCAAGAGCUGGCUCUUUUCAAGGGUUAGCAGUAUCAGAAGUUGUGUCUCUGAGCAUUAAAGGCACUUUGGAAAUAGAAAUCCUCAUGGAAAAAGAGUUUCAGAGCAUUCAGAAAAUUAGCUGCACGUUCAAAUAGCCACAGUUUGAAACAGUGUAGAGUGAAGCAUUGCAAAAGGUGUAUUUUUGUUGUACCAGAGGGUUGUUUGGGUUUUUUUCUCUUCUUCUCUUUAUUCUUUUAUGAAUCAAUGGUUAUGGUGAGAGAAAUGACACUGGGUUUUGUGCUCUGGGACAGACUAUUUAAAA